AUGGCUGACGCUUCCAAGAAGCAGAAGUCCGCGAAGGAUUUCUUCACGGACUUCAUGAUGGGUGGUGUUUCUGCUGCUGUCUCGAAGACAGCUGCUGCGCCCUUAGAGCGCGUUAAGCUCCUCAUACAGAACCAAGAUGAGAUGAUCAAGCAAGGACGCCUGUCGCACCCGUACAAGGGCAUCGUUGACUGUUGCGCGCGUACAUACCGCGAUGAGGGCCUUCUCUCACUGUGGCGCGGCAACACGGCGAACGUCAUUCGGUACUUCCCGACGCAGGCUCUGAACUUCGCCUUCAAGGAUUACUUCAAGUCGCUCUUUGGCUUCAAGAAGAGCGAAGGCUGGUGGAAGUGGUUUGCCGGAAACAUGGCAUCCGGAUCCGCAGCUGGCGCUUCUUCGCUAUUCUUCGUGUACUCUCUCGACUACGCGCGUACGCGUCUUGCGAACGACGCGAAGUCCACCGUUACUGGCGGAGCGCGUCAGUUCAACGGCCUCAUCGACGUGUAUAAGAAGACCCUCGCCAGCGACGGUGUAAGCGGCCUGUACCGCGGAUUCCCGGUUUCUCUCGUCGGCAUCAUCAUAUACCGUGGCGUCUACUUCGGCGGCUACGAUACGCUAAAACCAGUCGUCCUCGUCGGGCCCCUCGAGGGUAGCUUCCUUGCCUCCUUCCUCCUCGGCUGGACCGUCACCACAGUUGCGGGUAUGGCUUCCUACCCGGUCGACACUAUCCGUCGUCGUAUGAUGAUGACUUCGGGCACUGGUGAACACUACAAGUCCAUGUUCGACGCCGGUCGGAAGAUCGUUGCCCAGGGAGGCACGAAGUCGCUCUUCAAGGGUGCAGGCGCCAACAUCUUCCGUGGUGUUGCUAGCGCCGGCGUCUUGGCCGGCUACGAUGCGCUCCAGGCCGUCAUGUUCGGCAAGGUCUACAAGGGCGGCUCUGGUUAA